AUGGAUUAUCAAUUACGAUCACCACGUGGAAAAUUAGUCUUAAACGUCUAUCGUCAACGUGAGAACCAGUCGUCGACAAAUGUCGCUCAAACACAAUCAGGUUUAAUUAUUGAUAAUGAAACUGAAUUGUCAUCUGAAAUAAUUAAAGAACAAUUGAAUAGUGUUGCUGAUAUUAUAACACAAGCAAUUAUUGAAGUACCAACGAAACAUUUAUUACAUUUAAAAGAACUUGCACCAUCAGAUUUACGUGUACUUGCACGUUCAGAUGAUAAUGAUCCAUAUUCAACAUGUACAUUAUUAGUGCAACCAAUGCCAGCAACUAUACUUUUACUUGGUUCAACAUCAUGUGAACAUGCACCUGUAUGGAAAUUAGUACAACGAUGA